UGAAGGACAAAGACGUGGAGAAAGAGGGAGAGGGAAGUGGAGCGAGGCACAGAGAGACAGAACGUGUGGAGAGACGCAGAGGAGCGUGGAGAGACUAAGCAAGACACUAAGCAAGAGACGAGCAGGGUGGAAGACAAGGACAAGCCUGGCCUGCCCCGGAGCCCCAGCCCCGCCUUCAUGCCCGGCCAGUGCCCCGCCUGGCCCACCCUCCCAGGUAAGCCUCAGCCCAAGCUGCAGGUGAUCUGAGUCACAGACCCCAAGUGACCCUUGAGGAGCUUCUGCAGACCGGAGGAUGGCCCAAGUCCUGCACGUGCCAGCUCCCUUCCCAGGGACCCCUGGUCCAGCCUCCCCACCCGCCUUCCCUGCCCGGGAGCCUGACCCACCGUACUCCGUGGAGACGCCCUACGGCUACCGCCUCGACCUGGACUUUCUCAAGUAUGUGGAUGACAUCGAGAAAGGCCACACGCUUCGGCGCGUGGCCGUGCAGCGCCGGCCCCGCCUCAGCUCACUGCCCCGAGGUCCUGGCUCCUGGUGGACAUCCACCGAGUCUCUGUGCUCCAAUGCCAGCGGGGACAGCCGCCACUCGGCCUAUUCCUACUGCGGCCGCGGCUUCUACCCGCAGUACGGUGCCCUAGAGACCCGCGCCGGCUUCAACCCGCGUGUCGAGCGCACGCUGCUGGAUGCCCGUCGCCGCCUGGAGGACCAGGCUGCUACGCCCGCGGGCCUGGGCUCCCUGACCCCCAGCGCCGCAGGCUCCACAAGCUCUCUGGUGGGCGUGGGGCUGCCACCCCCGACGCCACGAAGCUCAGGACUGUCCACACCCGUGCCUCCCAGCGCCGGGCACCUGGCCCACGUGCGGGAGCAGAUGGCGGGUGCCCUGCGGAAGCUGCGGCAGCUGGAGGAGCAGGUGAAGCUGAUCCCCGUGCUCCAGGUGAAGCUCUCGGUGCUGCAGGAGGAGAAACGGCAGCUCACGGUACAGCUCAAGAGCCAGAAGUUUCUGGGCCAUCCCGCGGGGGCCCGGGGCCGCAGCGAGCUCUGCCUGGACCUCCCAGAGCCCUUCGAGGGUCCCGGGUCUCUCGAGACCAGGAGCGUGGGCACCUGGGUCCGGGAGCGGGACUUGGGGGUGCCUGACGGGGAGGCGGCCCUUGCCGCGAAGGUCACCGUGCUGGAGACCCAGCUCAAGAAAGCGCUGCAGGAGCUGCAGGCAGCUCAGGCCCGGCACGCUGAGCCCCAGCCCCAGGCCCGGCCACCGCCAGACAGCCCGAUCCGAGUGGACACUGUCCGCGUGGUAGAGGGGCCGCGGGAGGUGGAGGUGGCAGCCAGCACGGCCGCUGGGGCCCCUGCACAGCGGGCCCAGAGCCUGGAGCCCUAUGGAACAGGGCUGCGGUCCCUGGCAGCGGCGGGAGGGGUCGAGAGCCCCCCCGCUGUGUUCUGUAGCCGUGAGGUCGUAGAGACCCUGUUCCCUACGUCCUCUGGGGCCCCCGGCAACGUUCACCUGGUGAAGAAGAUCAGCAUCACGGAGCGAAGCUGCGAUGGGACAGCAGGUCUCCCACAGGCUCCUGCAGAAUCAUCUUCGUCACACCCAGAGUUGGCGGCCACCUCCCCGGCACAGCCUGAGAAGAAGGCAGGUGGAGUGCCCGCCUGUGAGGCUGCUAACACGGAGCCCACCGGGCAGGCGGCCUCAUGCGAGGCCGCAGAGGCGGGGGGCACAGGCGAGCCCCCGGCAGGCGUGCGGUCCAUCAUGAAGCGCAGAGAGGAGUCCGCAGACCCCCCAAACCCCCAGAGAAGCCUGCAGUUUGUGGGGGUCAAUGGCGGAUAUGAGUCCUCAUCUGAGGACUCCAGCACAGCAGAGAACUUCUCAGACAACGAGAGCACAGAGAACGAGGCCCCAGGGCCAGAGGAGAGGGUUCCGAGUGUGGCUGAAGCCCCCCAGCUCAAGCCCCCGGGUUUGGCAGUGGCCAAGACCCACCAGGAGGAGUGCCAGCCGUCUCGGGAGCCUCAGCACGUGCCGGCGGAGGAGGGGGCGUCAGGAGCAAAUGCAGAGGAAGACAUCCGGAUGGAGCUAAGCCCCGACCUCAUCUCAGCCUGCCUGGCCCUGGAAAAGUACCUGGACAACCCCAAUGCCCUCAGUGAGCGGGAGCUGAAGGUGGCCUACACCACGGUGCUCCAGGAGUGGCUGCGGCUGGCCUGCCGCAGCGACGCCCACCCCGAGCUUGUGCGGCGCCACCUGGUCACCUUCCGGGCCAUGUCGGCGCGGCUGCUGGACUACGUGGUCAACAUCGCCGACGGCAACGGCAACACGGCCCUGCACUACUCCGUGUCCCACGCCAACUUCCCCGUUGUGCGACAGCUGCUCGACAGUGGUGUCUGCCAGGUGGACAGGCAGAACCGGGCCGGCUACAGCCCGCUCAUGCUCACCGCUCUGGCCGCCCUGCACACCCAGGACGACCUGGAGACCGUCUUGCAGCUCUUCCGGCUCGGAGAUGUCAACGCCAAAGCCAGCCAGGACUCGGGAACCAUGGAGGGUUCCGGAGCAAGGCCGUCACACCUUGGGGUCUGCGUGGUCCAUAAGCCUGUCCCUUGCCCCACCCAGGCGGGGCAGACGGCCCUGAUGCUCGCGGUCAGCCACGGCCGCGUGGACAUUGUCAAAGCCCUGCUGGCGUGUGAGGCGGACGUCAACGUGCAGGAUGACGACGGCUCCACGGCCCUCAUGUGUGCCUGCGAGCACGGCCACAAGGAGAUCACGGGGCUCUUGCUGGCGGUGCCCAACUGCAACAUCUCCCUCACCGACCGCGACGGGAGCACAGCACUGAUGGUGGCUUUGGACACGGGGCACAGUGAAAUUGCGUCCAUGCUGUACUCCCGCAUGAACAUCAAGUGCUCGUUUGCUCCGAUGUCAGAUGACGAAAGUCCUGCGUCAUCCUCUGCCGAAGAAUAGCCGGGAGGGAGGCCUGGGGGGGGCCGGCCAGCCCACCCCAGCGCGACCCGUCCCUCCUCCCGCGUCUCCUCCCCCCCUUCCCUCGCCAGCACCCCCGGCUCAUACCCACCAGGGCCCGCGUCACAAAGGCAAGUGGGCUUUCCUGCUGCUUCCCAGGGGAGCCCCCGGCAGCCCAGGCCUCCAGCUUUGCAGCGGGGUUUUCCUGCUCCACCAGUUCAAAGCGGCCGCGGUGCAGACUGGAGCGAAAUUCUUACAUAAAUCGGCGCCAGUGGCUGAGGCUGGGGCGUGGGUUUAUGAAGAACGCCGAGAACAAUCGACUGGCAAUUACAGAUGGAGGAGGGCUAAAGGGAAAAAUACUGUAUUUUUUUUAUCAUUAUGGGGGGGCCGCAGAAAUCGUAUGCCUUCUUGCCAAAUUUGAAAGUCACUGGAAUCGCAUAGUUUCAUUUUAAUCCUGAAUGUCGUCAUCCCGCACGGGUCAUGUCUGCAGUGGCUUCACGCCCCCCUCGCCCGCCCCACAUUUAAUUGUCUGGUUAUAUAAUGGUGUUUUGUCCACUCCCCCCCGUCUCCCCACCAGACAGCUUUCUCAGGAGAACUGUGUUCUGGUCUCUUCACAAAACAGAUUUCUGUCCUUGUCACCCGGGGCAGGGAGCUCAGUCCUUUUUUUCUGCUUUCUCACUGCCAUGGCCUAAGUCACCCCCAUUCAGGGGCGGUGGGACGGGGGGGGGGGGGUGGCGCUCAGGACCCAGCAGCCGAGACAUCGAGAGAUCACCCAGAAAUCCGUCCCCUCCCUGCCUGGAGGCCCUGGGCAAUAUUAAUUUUCCUAGAAAAUCCUUCAGACCUGGGGACUCAGGAAAUGAAUCCGGUUCCCAGAGCAGCGGCUGGAGUCCCCGGGCUGAGAAUCCGGGGAACGGGGCUGUCUUCAUCCUCCCCCGGUUCCAGAAUUUUUCCCCACAAAGGGGGGAAAAACACAAAAACCAGGGUCUGUGCAUGUUGGCAAAGCACAGGGCAAGCUCCAGAAACUCCAUGUGCGCACAAUUAAAAGUUGGCUGCCCCCCUGAGGGCUCCCAGUGCAAACUUAAAGGGCCAGGGCUUUGGCGAAAACCAAACAAGGGCCAGCUGGUUUUGUUUUGUUGUGUUGUGUGUGUGUGUUUUUUUUAAACACAACCUAUAGGCCUUCCGGAGCUGCUUGGAACAGAGCCUGCUGGAAAUCGGGCUCGUCACACACACACGCUUUCCUCCAUGGCCUGUUUUGUCCUCCAGUGUCCACAUAGGUUUCUUUCCAGUUCCUUCCUUUUGUGAGCCAAAAAAAAAAAAAACAAAAAACGGGGGGAAGGGGUUCUGAGCCUUGAGGAGUUAAGUGCCUUCUGACAGGCAGUGAAGGUCCCUAAGGGAAUAGGUGUCCUGUCUUCUCUCCGGCCGGUUCUGUCCACUUGGCCCUGAAUGCUCACUGCUGUUCAUUCAGGAAAGCGCAGCGCUGGCUUCUCUCCUACAAAAGUAGGUUUCUUGGCUUGAUGGAGCCUGGCUUGCUUUGAUUUUGGCUGACAGAGGAGGUACCCGAGACAAAAGAGCUCGGAUGGUCGAAGGAGACAUCCUAGAUUGUGUGUGUGUGUGUGUGUGUGUGUGUGUGUGUGUGUGUGUAAACUGGAGAGAAAACAAAACCAAAGCCUACUGGGGACAAUUGGUAUGUGACAGAAGGCCACAACUUUGGGCAGCUUUGAGAAGCGGGACAGAAGUCGUGUGCCCGCACGUCUGGCCCUGGAGCCAGCGGUCAUGGUCAAGUUAAGCUCCUCAAAGCAGCUCCUCGACACCCCUCCCCAGAUAACUCCGCAUUUAUCCCUGCUUUCCCUUCGCCCGCUCCCCCCACCCCCAUCGGGCUUGGCGCGCUAGGCUACAGGGAUGUCCCGCCUCUGUCCCCUGUUCUCCUGCCACGUGUAUUCAUGCCCUUGAAGUUCACUUCCCGACCACGGUACGUCCAUAAAGACAGUAUUACACUUUUAAAUGAAGUAUUCCUUUUUGUAAUCGUUUUUUAGAAGGUAAAGGAAUUUAAUAAAACUACUUUAUGAUAAUG